GCAAAUUCACAAACCGUGCUUGCACGAUCUCCUCAGUAUGGACCGCCGACUACUUCAGAUUACACCUCUAAUGACGGAAACUUCCGCACGAAUUCUACCACACCAAUAAGCUUUAACUCCUCCAAUUACGGCUCAAAUCAAGCACCUAAUACGGCUCGAAACAAUAAUAUGUAUCCUUCGUCGACCACCAGCACUUACGGCAACCAGACGCAGCAGGUUUCUCCCUUCACAGCUGCUCAAAGAAGACCUUUGCCCACUACGACCGCACAUCAAAACCCGGUCCAUAGCGUUCAGGGCCUGCCACAGAAUAUCAAUGGCUUUUCCGACUUUAGCAACCUGAACUUUGAUAGCAGUCUGAUGUCCAGCCUUGAUAACUCGACCACGGGGCACGGAAACCUUGGCAUGAACGCCUCUUAUAAUAUGAGUGCCAGCAACGUGUCCAGGCCAUCGGCCGGAACAAACAAUUUCGGGUUCGACUCCAGCCUUCGGAAUGAUGGGAGUUCUUUCUUCGGCCUUCGCAGGUAGCACCUGUCUCGAGUCUGGGAUGCUCAGCUGGGCCCUCAGGAAUUCUGCAGGCAGCGCAGCAGAGAGUAGCUGCGGCUACGGCUAGUCGCUUCGUGCUCUCUUAGUGAAGGCGUUGAGGGACUGGCUCCAACUUCAUAAUCAUGAGGUGAGAGGUGACCUGGCUAAUGGGGAUUUCUUCAUGGCCUGUAGUAGUUGCAGACUGGAUGUGGCUUUCCCCUUGGGUACAGGUGGUGAAAUUGCCUGAUCUAUUCUCCAACGUCUGUUCUAUUUUUAUUAUUAUUUUUUCGGCUAUUCUUUAUUUCCAUCGAUACCUCUAGCAAUGGGGCGGGAAUCUGCAUGGAGUCAACACCGGUUUGGUUGGUCGGUCAGUCGGUCGGUCGGAUUUGCAAAGUUCCUUGAAUUCUACUACUGGCUUGAAUGGAUUUUUAGGAGGGAGGCGGCUCAUCUCGUGUUUGGGUUACUUAAUUCGCUCAAAUUAGCAUGUCAUCCCUGAGAACUUCUUCACGUCUCAGGCAAAUUGAAUGGCUUCACGUCUUUGGCCUGCCAG